AUGGCCGGCCACUCCAGAUAUGCAUCAACUCACGCCAGCAGCUCUGCCUUCAGCGCAUCUGCGAACCCGAAUGAGGAUUGGACCAAGAUCUCCGACCUGGCUGAGAGAAGACGCAUCCAGAACCGGAUCGCUCAGCGAAACUAUCGUAAGAAGCUCAAGAGGAGACUCGAAGAUCUAGAGCGCCGCGCUGGGUCAUCGUCUGCUUCGCCGGAACAACAGCAUUCGGAACUAGUUACCACUCCAGCCAAGGAGACUUCCCAGAAACAAACUCAAUCCAUGGUCCGCCAGCCAUCCAGAUCAAGUGUGUCACACGAGGUCCCGAGAGCGUCGCCAGAGAUUUUACCUUUGGAUGACCAUUCAUCACUUUUUGACACUGCGGCUGGACGCCAUCUAUCGAUCCAUUCGCAACCGGCAUUUACCUUCUCGUCAUACCCUCCGACCACAGCAUACCUCCACUAUGAGCACCAACAACACCCCACGUAUGACAACACGGCCAGCUACUACUCGAAUUACCAAUACCAAUUAGAUGUGCCAUCGUCGAGUCUGCCGCCGACGUUACCCGCCAUGCUGCCCUCGACGUUUGGCAAGCAGGAUCAGCUGUUUGGAGACGACGACAUGUUGAGUCCCUUCAGCAUGAACUAUGCCUCGCUGGCCGGUCUGGAAAUGCCCUCAAAUCAAGCAUACUCGGGGGCUCAUUCUCAUACACCACCUCUGACUGAUCCAUACUCGAUGGAUUCGGCCCACAACUCGCCCAACUACUUUGAUGUCCCGCUCACGCCUGUGUCAAGGACGGCGAGCCCCAACUUUCAAUUGUUUGACAUCAGCUGCAAAUGA